AUGUUGGGUCAAGAGAGAUCGAGAAUAAUUGCUCAGCAUCCUAUCGAAAAUGGUCUGAACGGCUUUCGUGCCACGUUUACCUUAAUCUGCUACGGCGAAGACCUAAGCUCACUAGAUGAGGUCGUAGAUCAGCUCAAGCGGGAGGAUGUGCAAGAUCUCGCUUCCAGCCUCCUAGCCGCCCUUCAGAUCCUUCCUGCCGCUCGUCUCCUGCCCUCCAAUUCGGGAGGGAUCAUUCGGAGUGACCUGCUUCGACUCAUUUCUGCCGUCGCCUCUAAUGAUUUCGACCUUGAACGACUCAAACCACUUCUUAAAGCAUCCCUCGUGGAUGCAUCGACGGACGAACGUAUAUGGAAUCUUGUGGAUGUUGUCGCAGCGGAAUCUACGCCCCCUCCUCGAGCGACUGAGCUUGGGCCUCUGUACGUAGGGCUCCCGCAUUUCCACUCGAAAUUUUUUGGACCUGUCAGUGGCCUUCAAUCUGCAUCCGACGCUGUGUUCAAAAAAUGCACCGGAGGCAGAGAUGCUCUUUUCGCUGGUGGGUGGAAAGGAUGGCCAGAAGAUGCAAAUCAGGAGGAUGUCUUGACUUGGUUUGCGGAUCUGAGCGAAAAGCUGGGCAAGCUCUCAAACGACCACAAUCCAAAUGCGAUGCAUAUGCGAAGGCCACUAGCACAACCCAACAAGCCUAUUCAUGGCUCUACAGCAGAGCGCAAACUAGACAUUGGCUUCGUGAGCGACACGCACGCUGGCAAGGAUACCCGAUGUCAGUGGUCACAGAUCCUUGUACCUGGAGAGCUGAAAGCCAAUCCAUCUGCCGACACCGCUUCCAAAGCAUGGCUUGACUUGGGGAGGUACGCCAGGGAAAUCCUUGCAGCCCAAGAUACCCGUCGCUUUGUCCUCGGUUUUACUCUAUGUGGAUCCCUCAUGAGAAUAUGGGUCUUUGACCGCCUGGGAGGAGUCGCAUCCGAUCGGUUUGAUAUCAAUGAAGACGGUCUCCAGUUUGUGUCCACAACUCUUGGUUUUCUAUGGAUGAACCAGGCAGAAUGUGGAUUUGACCCUACGAUCACCAUCAAAGAUGGCCGGCGUUUCAUCGAGAUAGAGCAGAACGGCCAGACCGAGCGGCUCGUCCUCGAGAAAUUGAUGAAACGGGCACCCUGCAUCGCGGGUCGAGCAACAACAUGCUGGAAAGCGCACCGUGAGGAGGACCCUGGGAUUCCAUUUGUUGUCAAAGAUUCAUGGCAAUACACAGAACGCGACGAAGAAGGUACCCUUCUUCAAGAAGCCACGGAAAGAAAGGUGGUCAACGUUGCACGGUAUUAUCAUCAUGCGACGGUUUGUGUCCAUGGUAAGAUUGACGAUGCCCAGGAUAACGUCCGAGGUGGCUUGGACAUCAGGACCGCGAGCAAUUAUCGACCGAAGCGAUUGGCUCUCUCGAGUGGUACAGAUGUAGCUGAUGCGCCGCGAAGGGGUCGGAACAGCGGCAGGUCCGGUGUGAAACGCUCUUCUAGCCAAACAGGUGCCUCUCUGCCACCUAAUAAGCGAUCUUGUUCGGCAUCUUCUACCAAAGCAUCCAGCAACCCAUUGCCAAAUCGAGUCCAUCGGCGUGUCAUCCUGCGUGACUAUGGGGAACCGAUUUACAAGGCAAGCACUCGCCAGGCCCUGCUUGCCGCGUUAGAAGGCUGUAUUGCAGGGCAUCAGUCUUUGCUACAAGCAGGGAUCCUUCAUCGAGAUAUCUCAGUCAACAACCUCAUGAUAAACGAGGAUAAAGAGAACCCUUCAUGGCCAUCAUUCUUGAUUGACCUUGAUCUGGCGAUCAGAGAGAAGCGGGAUGGUGUUUCUGGAGCAGAUGGAAAGACUGGUACGAGGGCCUUUAUGGCAAUUGGCUCACUUCUGGGCGAGAAGCAUUCUUUCAUGCAUGAUCUUGAAUCAUUCUUCUGGGUGAUCUUUUGGAUAUGCAUCCAUUAUGAGGGGCCAGGUAAAGGACGAGUCGUUGCAAGGUUUGACAAGUGGAACUUUGUGGAUACGGACGAGUUGGCUGGCAUGAAGAAAGGCGAGAUAUCGGAUGAAGCGGACUUCGUAAGAUCCGCGAAUGAGUACUUCACAGAGUACUACCAGCCGCUGAUUCCAUGCAUCAAAAGACUUCGCAAGGUGGUCUUUCCUAAUGGAAGGAGAUGGACGAAGGAAGACCCAGGAUUGUAUGAUCGGAUGAAAGCUAUUCUACGGGGCGCACAAGAGGACGAAAAGCGUUGUAGAGCAUCAUUUUUGCACUGUGACGCCAUUUCAGAACAUGAAUCUGCUGAGAAAGGCCAUGAAUCGUGA